AUGGAGGCGGAAGAGGAUUUCCCUCGCUCCAGUGAGGUGGUGCUGGAACCACUUGGCGAACCUCGGCGUCGUAACCGGGUGACGUCAGAUGGUAAUACAGCUACCACGUUCAUAGCUGCGCCCAAGGCAAAGCGAUCAGUGGAGCCGACAUCAUCGCUCACCCGGUGUCAGCUGCCUACUUUAGAGAAUUUGGAAGUUGGUUCACUUGUUUUGGGUAGCGUAGCAGUUGUGACACCCAGCGGUUUACGUGUGCAUCUUCCCAAUGGAUUAGUGGGCUUUGUGCGAGCGUCAGAUGUGGUAGACAUCCCCGAGACUCAGCGAUGUCGUCCCGAAGCGGUGGUACCAAGUUCUAUAAACGUUGGUUCUCAUGUGGUAUGUUCGGUUUUGGAAGUGAAGCGAAGUUAUGUAUCGCUUAGUAUGCGACCUUCUGUGAUCAACAAGGGAUUGACUUUAGUAUCGCUUACAUCAGGGAUGUUAUUACCUGCAUCUGUAAGGUCACAUGAGGACCACGGUAUUUUAUUAACAUUCCACCUUGGCGAUUCUGGUGAUGUGCGCGGAUUUGUGAAGUAUGAUGAUGAUGUAAAGGCGUCGAAAGAAACGGAUGCAUCUAAAAGUCGGUCUGGUAAGAAUAAGAAGUCUAUGAAGAAUAAUGGCAGGGGGGUAAAGACAGCAAUUGUGCCAGGUUCCCCUCGUAAUUUGCCACUACAUUCUACUGUAUAUGUUGUAGUAGACUCCGUGAGCUUGGCCCGGCAACUGGUAACGUGCAAGUGGCCAUGGAGACAUGAUUUACCAGUAUCUUUGGACUGUACUAUCCCGUUACUUUGUAUUAGGCCUGGGCUGUUACUUGUUGGGGAGAUAUCAGAUAUCCACAUACCUGCUUCGUCACAAAGUGUAUCAGCAGAAUCACGUACAAAUUAUGGGUUCGACCUGAAGUGUCUGAAUGGUCUUGGUGCGAUUGUACCUGCUGUACAUUCUGUGGUCAACUACUCUCACCCCUUUAGUAAGAUCCCUGAAAAGGCUGCAGAAAGUGACUCUGAUGAUGAACCUGCUGAGGGCUCUGUCGAUACUUCGUUGAAGAAAAAUCGUAUCACUAAGGCAUCGACGUUCCAAAGCAUACUGUCAUACGACCCUUUGGGAGUGGAAGAUUGUGUCGUGGGUCGUGUGCUAUACGUGAACCACUGGAAUAAGACGAUCUACGUCUCCGUGUUAUCACAUGUUCUUAAAUGGAAAGGACCUCAAGGCCAUCCUCAUCGGUUAAUUUCAAAUACAUUGAAGACAUUUGGCAAGGUACUACGUACCAUCCCUGGUCACGGUGUUGUAUUUUCUCUGUGUCGUUUGCGUGAAAAUAAACAACUGGAAUCUGACUAUUCACCUGAAUCUUUAUCGUUUAAUGAAACUGAUAUAGGUUUUUGUGAAUUUUCACAAUUAUAUGAUGAUUCUAAGGGUAGUGACGAUGGAUCCCGCGGAAUAUCAGCGCCACAACUAGCAUUGUCUUUUGGAUCUGGUACCGUACACCCCGCCAUUGAAUUGGAGUUUGAUUUUUUGACCCGUUUUGUGCGUUUAAGUACCCGUCCAUCUCUUCAAGAUGAGACUUUGGUAUCGCCGUUUCAAUUAAUUGGUGGUCACUCUAUCAAGGGUGUGAUAACUAAGGUUGGGUCCAGUGGCGUUAAUGUACGUCUAUCUAAGCUGGUACAAGGCAAAGUUCCUCUUGAGCACCUGACUGACGUCCCACCCUCAGAGGUACCAGAACAAUUUGUUGUUGGUGGUACGCUAAAGUUACGUGUUUUACGCUUCGAUCAUGUGCAUAGCAUGUUACUAUUGACUGCGAAGCGUGGUAUGCGUAAGGACCCAUCGCCGUUACUUAAUUUUAAUCAGCUAUCUAUUGGCAAGGAAUUUAGUGGCUAUGUCUGUCGUAUGCGCAAGACGUCAGAUAACAGUUCAGGUGUUGCUGCUAAAAAACGUGACAUUGUAACAGUUCGCUUUUACAAUGAUCUGCAGAGCACCUUGGAUCCACAUGAGCUUGCAGAAGCCGAACGUUUAUCUCUCGAUUUGAGUCAUGGAGCCUUAGUUAGUGUAGUGAUAACUCGUAUUGACCACCGUCGUCGUUGUUUCUAUGUGACUUUAAGCCCUGAUAAGGUAUCUUCAUUUAAGGCCUUGGCUACAGUGCGUCGCAAGCGACGUCGUGAUGCGCGACGUGCUGCUUGUAAGAAGGCGUUUACUAACUAUGUGAGUUCUCUUUUGGGGUUUAGUUACACUGCUGCUGUGGCCAUGGCUUCCUCGAGUAAGUCUGCCAAGCGGCGUAUUUCUAGCAAAAAAGCCAAUCGCAAGUCCGUAGAUAGCAAAAUCGCAACAGAUAAUGGUGUAGCAUCUACAGAAGAACCUGUAGGAUGGGACCUUGGUGAAGAUAUUUUAUCCCACCUAGCUCCGCCAGUGGCAAAGACAGUGUCGUCCGAACCUUCGGAAGAUGCUACAGGUUCUAAGAAGAAGAAACGUAGACGUACAGGUACACCUGAGUUCGACUCUGCUCGUGAGUUGGCAAAAGAAACCGAUAUACGCGAGGCUGAACGUCGCCUAGCAGCUGCAGAAUCGUCUGGAGCUCCGGAUAGUGUAUUUGAGUUUGAGAAGAAGGUAGCUACUGGCGGCAAUUCCGCAUCUAUAUGGAUGGAGUACAUGGCGUUCCACCUUAAGAAUGGUAGCCUAGAAGCAGCACGUCAAGUAGUACGUAGAGGUCUCGAACGUAUCGACUUCCGUGCUUUACAUGAACGUCAGACCCUUUGGGUAGCGUAUAUAAAUAUGGAAUGUCUGUUUGGUGACCGUGUUAAAGAGGUUUUCCGUGAAUCGCUAAGGUUCAACAACCCCAAGACUAUGUAUAUCAAGAUGUUGCACAUUUUUGUAAAAAACAACCGUCUAGAAGAUGCUGUUGAAGUUUGUGAACAAGCUAUAAAGAAGUUCGGUAAAUCUAAAAAGAUAUGGAAUGCAUAUCUACGUCUGCUAUUUGAGCACGUGAAUGAUUUUGAAGCGGCGCGUAAAGUAUAUGAACGGUGUUUACUGCGUAUCCCAAGCCACAAAAAGGUGUACAUGAUUACAUCUACGGCACUGCUGGAAUUCAAGCAUGCAUCUGCCGACCGGUAUGUUUCGUCCCCCUGGCAAAAACUGACGUCCCGUAGUGCCCAGAUGAUGUUCGAGAACCUGCUUUUGGAGAACCCGAGACGCAUGGAUGUAUGGAUGCAGUACAUAUGCGCGUAUAUCAAGUAUCAGCUUGAAACAUCUGGAAGGAAACGUUCAGAAGCACUUCGUGCAAUACGUAACCUGUUUCAGCGCAUAAUAACGCUUGAUUUGAAACCUAAGAAGAUGAAAGUGAUAUAUCAGAAGUGGAUGGAGUUUGAGUGCACCCAUGGCGAUGAAAAGUCUACAGCGGUGGUUCAGCAAAAGGCUAUGGAGUAUGUCGAGGCUAUAGAGGCUCGCCUUAAGCCAUAG